UCUCGCCAGUGUUCACAGUCGUAUGUAUGCUCGGGCAGUCGAGGCUGCUGCGCGUUGUGUUUCACAAAACCGGCGCGUUUUACGUUUAUACCCACAUACACUACCCCUUGCUACCCAUUCGACGCCAUUGUUACCGUACUUGACGCCGACUGAUUUGUUUAAACAAUUUUUCCCCAGUGUGUAAUUAAAAAAACAAACAAAACCGCCCAGAACUGGUGUAACAUCUCGUGACAAUAGCUGUGGAUACCGGAGUACUAUCGACCUUGGCAACGUCCCGGAAGCCAGGGGUAAGAGCCCAAUCUCCAGUUCAUCUCGUUUGUCAUCUGUAAUUCUAGGGCUCAGGUGAAUCGUUAUGUCGGGGGAAUAAUAUCGGCGAUUGAGGCGAUCUCGUCAAGCCGUGGUCAGAGAUUUUUUUGUUUACCCCCGGGGGGAAAACAAUUGCCCGAUAAAGGAGACUCACCCCAGUGUUUGUUUAUUUACACAAUUUUAAUCGCCAACUCUGUAAUACAACUCUCCACUGAACUCACGAGUACUGAUUUAACGGAUUCAGAGAGUCAACGGUAACAAACGAGAUCUUUAUCAUUGAUUAAUUCAGUCACCAAAGCUCGUGGAAAUAGUAACCUUCGAGUGAGUGUGUUUACAAGUGCAGUGGUGUUAUGUGCAUUAUGUGAUUUCGUGCUUGGGCUUUCUGGUUUUUUUGUGCCCCGGAGUUGAGACCAUAUUUAUUUUGACACAAGCCGGGAAAUACUCGGAAGGAUACUGCGUGAAGGAUGCAGGGACUGGCGUGUCAGAGAGGGAGGACCCUGGUGCUUCUGCUACUGGCUCUUCUACCCCUCGCUAACGGGGCCUGCGAAUUUCCGGCAGGCUGGGCGGGACAAUGGUUCCAGUCCGGAAAACCAUCACCAGUCACUGUUAAUGCUACCAACAUUGGUGAACGUACCUGCAUUGAGAAGAAGGGGGAUAUCUACGUCGUUUAUGAUAAUUCCACUUCUGGCGAAAACUACAACUGCCUAAUAAUAAACGACCGUCACUCGAACGUCAUCCAGUUUCGCGAAGUUGGAUAUGGACACAGAUCGCCGAUGAAACUCGAGGAGAUGUGCCAGGCGACGACGACAGACGACAGUCUCUUCACCAUGUUCCGGCUGAAUCCUACCCCCAUACCCUGUCCAUUCCAAGGACCACCCUUCACGUUUACUUACAAUCGAGGGACCGGAGAGUGUGCGCAACCUGUCAGUCAUGCUGAGGGCUGCACCGAGGAGAGUAAACUAUUACUCAAGUAUCAGGCGUGUCCUGAUGUGCCUGGAUCGGAGUCCAACACGGAAGAACUGCAGUGCCUGGCAACCUGGAAGGACGGGAGAAACAAAUAUUUGGUUGGUACACUCAAGCUAUUUGGAAGGAAUGCCGUAACUAACGAGGAAACGUUCAGAUGCUUCCUAUACGAAAAAAAUACCCACCACCGCAGUGGAGAGGUAACCUACGUCCUCGCCCAGUCCGGCGACUCGACAUGUAGUGCUCUGAAUUCCGUUGCCGAGGGCUCACGUACCAUCAAACUGACAAAAGUCGAUCGAGAGCACAACAGAUGCAAGUAUCCCGCCUGGGUGACGAGACGCCAUCAAUGGCGCACUCUCGAUCACUCGAGAAAUUACCACUUUACAACUGGUAAUGCAACAUUGCGCGUUAAAGAUGAUCAUUCACACGUGGAGAGAAUAGUAUGUCACAAUUUAGAGAAGAGCGAUGAUGAUGGAGGAAAUAAAGUUAAACUUGUUGCGCAUAUUACCAAAGGAUGCGAUAUUGGCUACGUCUGCAUGAUCUUCCACAGAAGAGCCGGAAACGUUAUCGAGCUCCAGCAAUCAGAUCGGAAAACCAUCGUACCAGAGGAGGCAUGCCAGGAGGAUCUGUCGGACAUGCCGUAUACAACGCUAAUAUCCUCGACAAUGGAGAAAAGAAAAUGUCCUCAACCAGGCCGAUACACAGUCAUUGAUUACUCGACAUCUGGUGUUCUCUCCACCACUCCACGGCGUCAACGAAGAGGUGUGCAAGGUAUGCGACCAGCCCAGAAAUUGACUUGGCAAGAGGACAGUGAGGACGAGGAGUGCAACGUAUCUGAGCUACAGAUUGGAUGUGGUUCAUCCGAUCAGAGUGAAAUGAUUAUUGCGAAUACGUGUGAACGUGACCAACUUGUGUACACGUGCCACGACAGCUGGCAGGACAAGAAAGGUACACAUUACAUGAUAGUGUCACAACCGGAGAGUGAGCCUGGCGUUGUUAAGACAUUCUGCUUCACGAUGAGAUGGGAAGAUCCACCGUCUAAAUCACCUGGUGGUAGAGGCUCUAGGCUGGAACAUCAGGAGCAAGAAUUAUGGCUGUCAAGACCAGCGCGGGAGUUUCAAACAGGAGCCAACGAUCAAUGGACUUACAGGCUGGCCAGUCAAGGCAUCUGUGAAGAUGUAACAAGAGCCAGUGCAGCCUCCUCCUCGUCCUUGUCGAGAGUCUCCCUGGUUCUUGCUGCUGGUGCUGCGAUUCUCUGCAAAUUACUAUCGAGAUGAUGUGUAUAAACUCCUGAUAAUUAUAUUCGGGCCUAGUUACAAAAAGGAACAAAAACCACAUACUCAGCUUCAAUGCAUUCAUCGAUGAUGAAUCAACUGAACUAACUUGAGGAAGCUGUACAGUUUGUGUAUGGUUGCUUUUGAAUGGUUUCCGAGAGUAAUGAGCAAAAAUGAUAAGCUGAGUGUGAGAAUAAUGUGAAUGAAAUUGUAUACGUUGAGGUUGACUCAAGGCAAAGACACUUGCGCCUUUUCACAUUAGUCAUUUUCUAGUCUUUCUCCAUCCUCGACGUUGAAGAAUGAGUAAUGUGGGAGGACAAUAGUCACUGACAGUGAUCGAAAUGCACGAAUUCAUCGUGAACAAUUCUCCCAUUGGUAUUUUAAAAUUGUAAAUAAUGUUCAUGUUAUUUUAAUGGAUUUUGUAAAUUAAGUAAUUCGAAUUGUUGAAAACAAUUCCACCAGAGGUGAAAUUUUUUAGCUUUUAUUUUCGAGCAUUGGGGAAAAUCCUCAAGAUAUUGUUUGUUAUUGAGGGGUAAGUGGGGUGAAACGUACACUUCUGACUUUUGCUGAAAUGUUAAUGAGAUGUUGAAUUAUCACUGAAAUGGAGGAAUUUUGUUUUCAUGGAGACCACAAUUCUUUCCUUGUGUGAUGAGCCUGGACUGAACUCAAUACGUGUUUCUGAGUCAUGAGCAUUGAAAAAAUGUCAAUAGUGUUCACUCUGCCCCACCCUCCCCUCCGUUGACGGCAGAACUGUUCACGAAGAAUUUUCAACGUUUGGAUGGAUAUCAUUGCCUGAAGAACAAUUCAAUAUCUCCAAAUACUGUUGGGUAACAUUGAAUCUGUCACAGCAAUUCCUGUUGUCCCUCGUUUCUGUAUUAAACUAGAUCGACGUCUCAAUUGGGAAACGAGGGAGAUACCGAUGCAAAUGGAUUUGCAAUUACCAAACAAAACCCCAGCAGUUGUUCAUGACAGGAUUAAUGUCAAUACCUCUUGUCUAUUCAAGUUGUCCAGUUGACGAAAAACCACACUGGGCUCAUAAUUGCCUAAUAUUUCUAAAUCAAUGGAACAAAUGGGAUUCAUCGUUUUGUUGAGAUCAAAGCCUCCAGACCAGUUGUAAGAUGAUAUUAGAUAUGUGAAAAAUAAUAAACGAUGAAAAUUGUAAAUACGAUCAGGGUAUGAGUGAUCGACGUUCGUGUGUCGGAAGAGAUUACAACAUUAUGGAAAUUGAUAAAUAAAUCGAAUGUCAGACUUUCGAUUGGUUUGUGAUCCAACUGACUGAGCGGCGUUACCGAUCGGUGGAUACGACGAAAAAAAGAAUUAUAAAUUAAAUUGAUGAAAAAAAGAGAGGAAAAUAAAUGAUAAGAGAUAAAGAAACAAUUUUUAUUCACUUAGCUAGUUGCACAUCUGUAUAUAAAUGAUUUAAAUAAUGUAUAAAGACUGUUUUUAAGGGAGUAUAUAUUGAAAAGAGGUUUACGGUUUAUUGAUAUUAUUAUAUGAAUAAAUAAAUGAAAAAUGGAGGGAUUCUUUUUUUUUAUGAAAAUCCGAGGAACGAUUCUUAACUGGAUUUAAGAUUUUUUAAGGGCAGGCCAAUGAUGAAGAAAAUGAAAAAUUCUUAAAUAGUUUAAUAAUGGAAAAAAGGAACACUUGAGAGAUGUUACUGUACUUAUGGUGGAGGAAAUUCUUGCUGACCACGUUCGUAUCACAGAGUAACAAAUCUUUUUUUAUUGAUUUUAUUACAGACAGAUCUAGUUAUUUAUCUUCAGCAUCAACGAAUUGUUUACCUAAUUAUUAUGGCCUAUCUUGUGGUUCAUAAUGCAGAUGUAGGAUUCAUAGACUCUGUGGUAUUCGACACGCCUAAGCACAAACAUAGCCAAAAGGAAAUUUUGAAGAUGAGAGAGAAAUGUUUAAACUAUAAACUCCUCGAUAAACUUUUUUUAUUGUACAUAACUAGGUAUUUUUUAUGAAUGGCUUGUAAUUCGGUAUUCGAGAAUGGAAGGCCCAUGUAAAUCAGUAUAAUUUGUUUUUACGAUUAUUUGAUUUCAGUGCUUGAGUUUAUGAUUGAAAAGUGAGGGGAACGAUUGAUUUUUAAUGGAAGAAUAACGGCAGCUGAGGGAUUUCUAUAUUUCCAUAUCACUGAGGGCUUCUCGAGAUGUAUUGUAAAUAAUUAACGAAUACCGGGUGACAAGCCCUUACCUGACGUCAUUUUUAAUACGAAAAAAAUACAAAAUAAAGAAGUACUAAAUUCAAAAAGACGGAUUAACACAAUUUCUAGGUAUUUAGUGGAGGCAUAAACAUACAGUUUUUUGAAAUCCUGAAAAUCUGUAAAUUAAAAGAAAAAAUUUAAAUACGAGAUUAACUAAUUCAAAGAAAUUUAAUGAGAAUCCAAUGUGUAAGUGUGUGUUAAGUGCCACGGAAAGACGCUAUAAAUUGAACAAAAACCCAUGUUUUUAAAUAAAUAAAAGGAAUAAAUGAAUGAAGUGAUCAACCGAUUAUUAAACCGAUCAAGUGUACAAGAAGUAUAUAUAUAUUUUUCGUUUAUCACUGUGAUGAUUACCUAAUUAUUAUAAAUAUUAGUAGAUAAGGCAGUUUGAGUGUUGUUUUUUCUUGCCACUUGUAUAGUAAACGAAAA